AUGGCCGAGGCAGCUGAUCCUGCAGAAGUGGAAUACGAUAAGGAUAAUUGUAGGUGGAGGUUUAAGCCAAGGGGAUUGCACAUCACAUGGAGUAGUGACCGAAGAUACUGGAAGAUGCCUGAGAAAGGGACGGAUGGUCCCGCGGAGUUGCUGGAUGUAUGUUGGCUUGAAAUAAACAGCUCGACGCCGGAACCCCUAUCCAAAGGGGAGAGGUACGCACUGAGCUUCAAAUUAUCUUUGCAGGAAGUUCAUUCUGGUUGGAAAAACGUUCCUGCUUUCAUGCUGGCUAAGGUAGGGAAGAAAGGAAUCCCCAACUGGGCAAAAAUCAAUAUAGCAGAUAUGAACAUAGGCAACGUAAUGGAAGUUCCUUACGGCAAGCUUCAAUUUGAAGUUCCGAAAUAUGCUGAAGAUACCACUCUCUAUUUUGGAUUAUACGAAUUGUGGAGUGGAGGAUGGAAGAGUGGCUUAAGAAUUCACGAAGCUGUAGUUGAAAAGAUGCCUGUUCAAUCAAUCACUCUUGUACAUCCUAGAUGA